AUGGCGCGCGCGACCGCGCGCGCGAUGGCAUCGUCCACGCGCGCGACGCCGCGACGAUGGGACAUCGCGUCGAGCGCGGCGCGCGUGGUGACAAUGGUGUUGGCGCUCGCGACGACGCGCUCGACCGUCGCGCGGGCGAGCGAGGAUGAAGCGACGGGAGAGAUGGAAGAAGAGUUGACCACGGCGUCGCUCGGGGGCGAGAGAGCGCGCGAGUGGGGCGUCGCGCGCGGUAUCGCGAGCUUGAACGCGAAGCCUUUGAAUUAUAGGGGGGCGCUCGAGGUCGCCGGCUUGGGAAGCGCGCAGCGCGCGAAUGGUGCCGGGUUCGACGUGACGUUGACGGAGUUUGAGCACUAUAUGAAGUUACACGGGAGAGAUAGGGCGGCGUACUGCCAGCGAAAGGAGGGAAACGCGAAGGGAGCGCGAACGUGCAGGCAGGCGCUCGCGGAGGCUGAAGAGAGUUUCCUACGUAACCGCCACACCGUGCGACAACACAACAAGGACUCGAGCAGCACUUACAAGUUGCGCCUGAACAAGUUUGCGGAUCGUGAUCCGGACGAGUUCCACGCGACGCAGUACAAGUAUCGCGCGCGACCGAUCACCGCGGAGCACGAGACGCAACUCGCAGCGAAGCGUGAUGCGCGCACGAGCGCAAACGAAAUGCAGUUGGGGAGCUCAGAAGGUCAGAAUCGAGCGCUCCCGAAGUCAUUCAACUGGGGUGAUGUCCCCAACGUAAUGGGACGUGUGCACAGUCAGAAACCGGACUGUGCCUCGUGUUGGGCGUACGUGACGACGGAUAUUCUCGAGUCUCUCAUGGUCAUUCACAACAUCUCAAACUCACACGAGGAGUUGGCGGUAGACGAGCUCAUCAACUGUGAUACUUACGACAGUGGGUGCGCCACUGGUAACAUGUUCACUGCCUUUGAGUGGAUCGAGACCGUGGGAGGUCUCUCUGGAAACGAUAAAUUUGCAUCUGUCCUUGCCGACGUCGGCAGCCGCCCAUUGAACUGGUUCACAUCUGAUGAGUUCAAGACAAAGGCGAGAAGUAAUGAGUUACAAGACGAAUUUGAGGCGAUGCCUGACCCUCACUUCGAAACGAUGCCGCAAACGAAACCGGGCGUGACGCUCGAGAAGAUUCAGGAGGCUGCGUGCUCGUCGGCCGUGCGGCCACAAAUUCCGCGAAAGGUGCAAGUACUUGGAUAUUGCGAGCUUUCGCUGAGCGGUGGUGAAAAGGAGCUGAUGUAUGCCCUCAUGAAGUCACCAGUCGCGAUCGGCGUGAAUGCGAACUCGAAGUUUCAGCUUUAUGACUCGGGCAUCUUGCGCAUGAAAGACUGUCCUCCAGCUUAUCAUACGGCAAAUACGAUGUACACAUCCAUCAAUCACGCCGUUUUGUUGACCGGAUGGGGCGAGGAAACGAUGCCGAAUGGAGAAAUUGUGAAGUAUUGGAAAUUGAAGAAUAGUUUUGGGUCUGAUUGGGGCGAGAAUGGUUACUUUCGUCUUGAACGAGGACCGCUGACAUCAGAAGGACUGGGCACAUGUGGUAUGUACUUUGAAAGCGUUUACCCAAUCCUCAAGUUACCGGGAGCGGAAAGGAAGUGUACGCCCGGCGCAUCUUUCCGAACAGACUACUACCGCGCUCUCAUGGCCGCGCACGCGCGAGCAGGCGCAUGGCGAAGUAUCACUCCCAACUCAAAAAUACCCAGUGUUGAGGAACGUGAUGGGAACGGGUACAUUCUCCUAUUCGGUGCGGUUAUGGUCACGGUGAUGACGUUAAUGAUCGCGUUUGUGACUCGCGUGAAUUCGUUGCGCAAAUCGUUGGAUCAUGAAGCGCGUGCGCCUCUUUUGCCGAACGAUGGAGCAAGUCACGUCUCGCAAAUUGUGUGA